CGAGAGCUUUCCAGAUACACCCGGAAAAGUGGAAUUGCUUUUAACAGAAGAGCAAUUCGUGCGGCGAAACCCAGCGGUCUACUUUCUCCGGUCUGUAUCCGUGGAAUUCAAUUCCCACGAUGCUUAUAGAGGAAGUGGAAGCAGCGGUCACAGAAGAAGAGCACAAUGUGAAGACCCCUAAACCCUCGCCGCCCUCGUCUUCAUCCACCAACAAAGACGCCUCUGAUGGCUUCGAAACUGCCAGCGACGGCGAGUUGGGACCCAACGAGAGCGACGACGAAUCCCAACACCACGUCCAACUCCAGGAGGAGCCGCAAACUCUCUCUGAGGCCGAUCAACAGAAAUUGCUUGAGCAAGCAAAUGAGGUGAAACUGGAAGGCAAUGGACUGUUUGGGAAAGGACAAUAUGAAGAGGCAUUGUCGCAGUAUGAACUUGCUUUACAUCUUGCGCCUGACCUGCCUUCAUCUGUGGAAUUGCGGUCCAUAUGUCAUUCAAACCGUGGCAUAUGCUUCUCGAAGCUGGGAAAAUAUGAAGAUGCGAUUAAGGAAUGCACAAAAGCAGUGGAACUAAAUCCUUCAUAUAUAAAAGCGCUGAUUAGAAGAGCAGAAGCUCAUGAAAAACUAGAACAUUUCGAAGAGGCUAUUGCUGAUAUGAAAAAGAUCUUAGAACUUGAUCCUUCGAAUGACCAAGCCAGGAAGGCCAUUCGGCGGUUGGAGCCACUUGCUGAAGCAAAGAGAGAAAAGAUAAAAGAGGAGAUGAUUGGAAAGUUGAAAGAUAUGGGCAACUCUUUGUUGGGUCGAUUUGGAAUGAGUGUGGACAACUUCAAAGCCGUGAAAGAUCCAAACACUGGCUCGUAUUCUAUUUCAUUCCAACGUUAAAUUUUGUGGUGAAACAGUUGAUAGUAAUAUCCCCUUUUCUUGAAAUAGGACAUAAUCUAUAUGUGAAUGGAAUUGGUAAUUGAUGAGAGUUUACUUUGAUCCAUGUUUUUGGUGGAUUUUGUUGUUUUGGGCUUGCCUUUGGCUAGUUCGUGCUGUUAGCAGCUUAUCGUCAGCUGACUCAACGCCCAUCAUUUACCCUGGGUGUAGUUCAUUCUCAUUGUUGCUUUCCAAAAUGCUGUUUGUUUAUCAAUGUUUCUGUGCAUUAAGAGUCUACUCAGAUAUGAUUAUGUAGGAAUCAAUAUCAUCUGAAUAAUUUGUAAAGUAGUUAUCAUAGUCAAUUGUAGCUCUGUUAGGUUCUUGAAUUAUUUUGAGUCCUUGGUCAACACAUUUGGCAAUGCUUCCUUGUUAAUCUGCUAAGCUUUUGAGGUGGUGGACACGAUAUGCUUAGCAAAAUAAGGGGGUCAAUGGACUUGUGGAUUUGGCUAGGAUUCGGUAGAUUUGGGCAAGUUCUUAGGUGAACUUUGGACUAUGUUCUGUAGUUGUAGCUGUUGCAUAAUCAUGAAAAUAAUUGUUGUUAUUGACAUUUGUAAGUCUGUUGCUAAGGGUCUUG